GGCACAGUGCUCGGAGCACGCGACGGGACAGGACGGGACAGAGCGGUGCCGUGAGGAGCCCCCGCACAGCGCACUCCUUCCUGUCUGACCCGGAGCUUUUCUGAGUGUUACUCCUGCAGGUGACCUCGUGGAAAGACUGCGGGACUUGGUGGCCCGUGGCCUUCCCGAGGCUUCUCUUUUGCAGGAAAAGUCGCAGCCAGACCGUGGGACUUGCUGACCUGAAUUGUUUACGAGGAGUCUCCUGUCCCUGUGACAGGAGCCCUCAAGACCAGAGUGCAGGACUUGCUGUUCUGCAGCCUUUCUGAGGCUUCUCUGUCGUGCUUGUCUUAAAGAUACAGCCGCACGACUUGUUGCCUCAGAGCUUUCUCGAGGCAUCUCUCUCUCUUCAAGGCACCCUCGAGGCCAGACUCUGCCAUGGUGGGCAAACUUCUCCACCUGCUCGAAGUGUUCAGGGCAAAAGAAAAGGAAGACCCUGGAGUUUCCCCACAACAACAACCUGAAGAACUGCACCCUUUCCAGCCAAUGCAGGAUGGUGCAGCCAUGGACCGCACACAAGAGCAGGACCCCACCCGUGGCCGCUUCCGCAGAACAGCGCAGAUGUUCCAGAAGUUUGUGCCUGUUUGGCGUAGAAAGACCAGCACAACAACAGAGGGCACAGCCGAGCCUGACUCCAGCCUGACUGAGCUCCAGGCAGAGCCUCAUGUCAGCCCAGAUUUGCCCGAGCGAUCAGAAGAGUCUGACUCUGCAAGGAGUGAUGACAGGGCACAGGCUGACAUGGCAGUGACUGAGGACGUGGGCAUGAAAAUUGCUGACACUGGAGACACUCAGGGCAUCACAAAUACUGACACCACUCCCAAUCUGAGACAGGAACUCAUAGCAGACUAUUUCAAAGACCCUUGUGCUUCUUCUCAGCAGCACUUAAGCAGCCUGUGGCCAGGGCUCGAGGCCUCCCAGGAUUGUGUGCCCACUCAGGCCAUGGUCACUGGGCCCCCUCAGGCUUUGAGGCCAGCACAGCGCAGCAGGAAGGGAAGCAGUUCUCGGGGGAAGCUUGGAAAGCGCUCCAAGUCUUCGCCAUGCCUCCCCCAGGUGCCAGCCAUGGUGAAAAGCAUUCACCAGAGAGUGACAUCCCAGGGCACUUUAGAUGCCAGGCUGCGCACUGACAUUCUGAGGCUGGCUGGAGAACACCCUGCUGACGUGGUGCUGACCCUCCUGCGCUGUGCCCCAACGUGUGACAGAGCUGCUGCAAUGAUUUGGAGAGCCAUAGGCUCAUCAGGACCAGCAGUGGAGAAGGUGCUGCCAAGUCUGCUCUGUGUGAUGGAGGACUGGCCUCUGCACAGCAUGUUCACCUCGGAUGGAGACAACAAAAAUGUUUUUGCCCUGGCUGCAACUCUGGUGCUCUGGGUGAUGGUCCAGGUGCCUGAAAGCCAGGAGGCAAUGAUCCUUUAUUCCUCCCGCCUGUUUGUGGCUCUGCUCUUCCAUGUUGUCAUCACCACACAGCAGAUGCCACCAGAGGAAGUUGAUAACUUUUGGAGAGUGUGCCAGGAGCAACACCACUUUUCCAGCAAGCCCAACAGGUUUGCACUGCAGACACUGAGGUCCCUGCUCUGCCGACUACAGUGUGACAAUGUGGUGAUGGCCAUGGAGUGCAAGCGUGGCUGGGACACGCUGCUGUGUGCUGACACCCAGCACUAUGCUGUGGGUCUGCUGGCCAGGGAGAUGCGCCAUUUCUCCCUCUCCUUCUGUUCUGGGAUUGCACGCCGCCUGCUUGGGCAGCUCAACAGGGAAGAGCCACGCUGGGACCUGCCUUUCCUGGCAUUCCUUGUGGAGGUCCUCGAGUGCCUGGAUUUGAGUGAAUGUGGUGACAGCAUCCUUGAGAUCAUGUCAAGGUUCCUGCGGAGCAAUUCCAGGGAGAGGCGUCGCCUGGCGCUCAGAGGCCUUGUGCUGCUCAGCAAGGAUCCCUCACUGGCCAGAAAAAUGUGUAGCCUGUCUCAAAGCCUCCAGGAGCUGCUGGGUAAUGCAGAUAGAGAGGUGGUUGGCAUGACCCUCCGUGUGUUCACCAGUGUACUCCAGAACAAAGACAUCCUGAUAUCCAGCACCACUGCCCCGAAGCUGGCUGAGGCACUCCUGGAGCUUUUUGACAAUGACAACAGCCAUGUGCAGGUGCUCUCCUUUGAGCUUUUCUGCAAGGUGAUGGAAUUGGUAGUAGAUGAGGGAAAAAAGGCCCUUAAGUCAGUUGUGUGCCAGAGCCUACUCCCACUAUUCAUCCACUGCCACAAUGAGAAACGGUGUGUGGCCGAGGCCGCUCGGGAAGCGCUGCAUUGUACGGCCAAACUCCUGAGGAGGAGGAAUCUUGAAAAUCUGGUGAAGACAGCGCAGCUGUGGAAGUUCGCCGAGUGCCUGCUGGCAGAGGACAGGAGCCGAGCGGCCGAGCACCUGCGCCAGGCCCUGCGGUACCUGCGGAGCCCACAGGAGCCCCUGCGAGAGGCGGCCGUCAGGUUUAUCGGGAUGGCCGGGGCACUCAUGAGGGGCAAGAAGGACGAGCUGCAGGUGCUCAGAGAGGCCCUUCAAGCCCUGAGAAGAGAUGACAGCCCUUCCAAGACAAACAUAGUUGUUCAACAGCUAUUCAGUGAAAGAGCUGCUGCAGAACCAAGCUCAUCUGCAGGCUCAGAAGAACCAGCAUCCCAUUUAGACCUCCAGAUGCCAUGGAAGAUGAGGCUGCCUUGAGACCAGAAGAGACCAGCUGGAGCUCCAGGCACAGCUGAGCCUUUGGAAGUUCGCAUGGCUUCAGCCCUCUCCCCACUUGUAGAUAGAUAUCACCGUCCAGCCUUCAGACACUGCUUAUCUUCUCUCCACUAUUCCUCCCUUUUGACUGCUCCUUCCUUCCAUCCCUCAGACUGUGCCCAUCCCUUUUUUCCCUUCCAUCUUACUCCUCCCUUUUGGCAGACCCCUCCCUUCAACCCUCAGAUGCUACCCAUUCCCUUUUUUUCCUUCCCAGCUCAUCCCUUUGCUUUGGCUUCCACCAAUAAACAGUUUGGCUUCUUC